AUGGUUACCAGAUUUGCACUAAAUAUCACCUUUCAAUUCACUUGGAUUGAAAGAGAAACAAGUGAAUUAUUAUUUAGAGCCUUUCUGUUCUAUGACUUAGGCUUCAAACAUUCUAAUUGAUCGUUGAGUCAAAGUUCUCCUAUUGGUCUACCUUGUAUUUCAUUUUCUUGAAUAUUUUACCAAACAAGUUGGAUAAAAGGUUACUUUAGAAUGAAAUCGAACAAGAGAAAGCCACUUACUUUCGUUAACAAAGACCCAGAGUAUCUGACUAGAGAUCGAAAAUUCUCUGAAGACUUCAAUCACAAAUAACUUGUUUGAGGAGUUUGUAGAUGGCAAAGUUCAUGGCCUUAAUAACUCCAAUGAUCUCACGAGCAAACACAAGUUGCUCAGGUCAACUCUCAAGUGUUUCCUUGGAUACCAGUCUGAAGAUGUAGACUUGGCUUUAGAUGAUCUUGAUAAUCUCGAUGACCUCAGUAAUUGGAGAGAGUGCACCCUUGAUCCUGAAGUCGUCCAAGAAAUUAUAGAAACCUGAUUACAUAUGAAAAGUUUCAAAUGCACAGAAGUGAUAAUCAGAGGUCUCUUGAAGAGAAAAAUUGAUCCAGUCGUUGGAAUAAAGUCCAUUAGUGAGGUCAUCCAAGGAUGUGAGUCUGAAGCUGUGCAGAAAAUUCCUCAGGUGAAGAAUCAGAAUUGCAAGUCUUCAUUCUCUAAAGCGAAAAGCAUGAAACUAAAGUUCAGAGAAACAGAAGAACAUAGGAGAGAUUGAUCUAAAAUCCUCCAACUGUUACUUGAAAGCAAGAGCUGUAUCUUGAAAUAUGGAGACCAGCAUGAAGAUAUUUCGGAUAUUUUAAGAUGCUGAUAUACAAAAAUCUGGGACUCAACAAUCAAAAGGAACUCAGAAGAAGGGAGUAACCCUCACGAGGUUGAUGAAGAAUUUUGUUCAUAUUCAAAAAUCAAUGAAGAAUCUAUCAUUGAUUUAAAUAAUGAUUUCAGCUCUCACCAUGAAUUUGUCAAGAUUGCUCCCAAAAUCAAUAAGGAUAUGAUCAAUAAAAUUGACACCCUUAGAAUUGAGAAAAUCAAGCAAAUCAUGGCUAACAAGUUUCAAGCCAAAGGCGUCAAAAUGUUUGACCUCCACUUGCUCAACAUGAAGAAUUCGAGCACGAAGUACCUCCACCACAAAGAUGUCAUCGAAAUAGCCUUGAUCUUCUGACUGUUUAGUGGGAGCCAAAUAGUUGACCUAUGUAAACUCAUAUUCACAUGGGACAACAGCCUUGAUUCUAGACUGUCUUAUUUAUACCCUCUAAGUGUCUACAAAUUGCUCAUUUUCUAUGAAGAGCUUGAAGGAUUUGACCUUCUGUAUCAGCAAGAAACUUCAGAAGACACCAAAGACAACAUCAUAGCUGAGAGUCUUUCUUACUCUCUGAUCAUUAACAAUCCGCUGAUUGCAGUGUAUCUGUCCAACAACUAUCCUCAGGAAGUCUUUGACAACAAGAAUAUCAUCAUCGACUCCAUCCUGAACUAUCUCAACGAGUUUACCGAACUCAACGGAGGCCUCAGAUACAAGAGGAUCACCAACCUCGAGCAGUAUCUGUUUCUGGUCGAAAGAAUGAUCCACUUCUUCAGUUUCGCUCAAUCCAAAUACUUCAUUAGCAUUAUGGAUGGCCUGAUCGAAGUUGGCAAAAUUGAUACCUCCAAGCUGUGGGUUCCCAUGAAGGACAGACAUAACAGUGAAGAAGCACGGUUUGACAGAUUUGAGAACAACUUCGCAACUUAUUCUCUGUCUCCAGUGAAAGAUUGAAUCCUGGUGAUGUUCAUCUGUUCAAAGCUAGGAGACAUCCACAAUGAAACCAGGCAUAUCAACCAGGAUGUUAUCCAGAAAUAUUCUGGCCUUGUCAACGAGUUACUCGAUGGGGUCGAAGACAUGAACAAAGUGUACUCAAUCCUGACUUGCAAGUGAUUCAAUAAAAUGGAAGUCAUCAACAUCAUUUCUCAAAGAAGCUUCCAGACAGUGUUGAACAACUCGAAAGUGGUCAGAAUUGUCAACGACUUCUGGGAAGGCCCCUUCGAAACAGAGUUCUUCAUGAGCAACUCUUUUGCUUACCAAAAGAUAAGAAUGCUCUUUACUGGGUCAAGAAGAUUUCUUGGGUAUCGCCCAGAGAAUAAUUAUGAAUUCAGCAUAGAAAAUUUGUGGAAAAAAAGUCCAAAGAAGAGAGCCAUAAAGAAAUAGCCACUUUAAGAAGGCUCACUUUUUUCACUUUGAGAGGUGGAAUGAGUCACUGUUCACAAAAUAUUUCAUCGAAUGCCUCUUUGUUACCCUGGUAUGAGGUUUCACAUAUUGGAUAGUUUCUGAUUCGCUUGUCUACUCUAAGAAUCUGUACAGUCACUAUGCUUCCAUCGAAUCUUUGGAAGCUCAACUUUCAAGCCCCACCUUAACAGUAACACAAAGAGCAAGUCUGGAAGCAGAUCUUCUUCAGAAAUAAGGAUGAAUAUGAAGUGUUUUCAAAAGAAAUAAUGUCUUUAAUGAUUCUCUGGGUGAGAGUGAAUACUAGUUUUCUGUUGUACCUCUUUAAGAAUAUAAUGGAAAUUAUCUGAGUAAAACUUAGAAGCAUGGAUGCCUCUUUCUUGCUCCCAGACCUAGUUAUGAGCUUGACCAAUUCUUUAAUGAUAGCAAGAGCAGCCAUAAUCUUAAAUUACUUUAGUCUUCAAAGAUAUGACAAAAGCGACAAGUAUUACUACACCAAGACUUUCCAGUAUCUGAACGACAACUAUGUUGGUUUUGGACUUGAAGAAACCUUUGUGGUAGUCCUAAUUAUCCAAUGAAUCAGAGUUUUAGCAAUCCUAAGAGCAUCUAAAACCUUAGGCCCAAUGAUCGAAAUAGUAUGUCAUAUGCUUUGGGAGGUGAUGGUUUUUAUUGUUAUCGAAUUUUGAGUAAUAACUCUAUUCGCUGGUGCUUUUAGAAUUCUCUUUUCAGAAAUUGAAGAAUUUACAGAUGAUACACAGGCAAUACUCACUCUUAUAUCAGCCUCAAUGUCAAACUUUGAAUUUGAUAUAUUCAACGAUGAGGAAAUUAGAGUGAGCAAAUACUAUGGAUAUGUAUUGAUGCUUGCAUUUAUACUAAUAUCUGGAGUGACUUUGCUCAAUUUUUUGAUUGCAGUGAUAACUCAUGUAUAUGAAAGACUUAGUAAGAUUGCACAAGGGUUAUAUCUCCAGAACCUCAUCGAGAUUAGACAGGUCCUUGUCAAUGAUAACAAGUUCUCUUGUCUCGUUUCAACAGUCCCUCCCUUCAACAUUGUUUCAGUAUUGCUAUCACCUAUUAUAAUUUACUUUGAAAGUGCCAAUCUCAACAAAGUCAUACUUUACUUUGAGUUCAGCUUGGUGGUGCUCCUCGCCAUCAUAUUCUAUGCAAUGUUUGCAAUUAUCUCGAUUCCAUUGGCUUUCAUUGUGACUUUGAUGCAGCUUCUCAGAGACUUCUGUGAGAUGAGCAGAAGAAACCGCUCCAAACUAGUCGUUCUCAUAGACUUUGCAAUUUUCUGUGUGUUCGGAAUAUUUAUUCUGACAGUCAGGACUCUGUUUGACAUGGUGGAGUUUGUCACAGAUCUCUUUACCAAAAACUUGGUGCGCAAAAAUCAGGCUGGCACUACAAAGAAAGGAGUCCCAGUUACUGAUGAAGCCAUGGACUCUAACUUUUACAGAUUCUUCAUUGCUUUCUUGGAAAACUACCAGGUAAAUGACAUUGCUUCCAAUGUGUUGAUCUCCGACCUCAGAGAAACUCUCGAGAUAAGUCACCAAAUAAAACAGAUUAUAUUCUUCGGACAUGAUGUUGAAACAAUGAAUCCAAGAAUCAAGACAUUCAAGAACACAGAGAAUCCGAAAGAAGCUUUGUUUAAAGAUAGUGAUGAUUGAUUGAACAUACUAAAACAAGAAAUAUUGGCUUCUUACUCUCCAAAGCAUAUUCUCGCUCAGUACAACAUCAUUAAGAGAGUGAUCAACAAGUGAUCGAUUCCUAAUAAACUCAAGAGCAACUUUAGUCAAACCAUCUCCAAUUUUAAAGCUCAGGAAGUGACUGACUUGAUGAAAGAAAAGAUCUUCUACAUUAAAGAGUUUCUCUCAAUGAUGAGAGAGAUUCAAGAAAAAUCCAUUUUCUCACAAAUGAUUUACACCAACAUCUUCGAAGACCAAUUGAUCCAAAGACUGACAAAAUCAGGUUCAAAACAGCACUCAUCUUUGCUAAAAUCAUCAAAAUCAACAAACCUGCUCCUUCUUCACAAGAAGCACUUGGGUCUGACUCCUGACAAAGAGACCCUGUCAUCCCUACUAGUAUCCUCCAACUAUGCUUGCAUCUCUAAGUUCCAUUCCUAG